GAGUCUGGGAAUGGUAAUUUGUUGUUACCAACAUGGCGACCGCUAUCACAAGAGGCUUGUCCUUCAGUAAAAAUGUUAGGACGUUAGUUUCUCCCUUGAAACUUUCUGUUGUACCUGUACACCGUUACAGCGUUGAGGUUUCUGCCACCGGCGAGGCUAUUACACAUACUGGACAGGUGUUCGAUGCAAACGACCCAAGGAGAGCCAGAUUCGUAGGCAGACAGAAGGAGGUGAAUAAAAACUGGGCUAUCAAGCUGGUGGCUGAGGAAAAUGUGACUGACAUCGAAGCACGUGUUGUGUCCUGUGAUGGUGGCGGAGGAGCACUUGGUCACCCCAAAGUCUACAUUAACCUGGAUAAAGAUACUAAAGUUGGCACUUGUGGCUACUGUGGAUUACAGUUCAAGCAGAAACACCAUCACUGAAUCUAUUUCUCUUUCUUUGCUUCUCUGUACAACUUGUCAUCUUAAUAAAUAAAUUAUAAUCUAUGUA